AUGUCGCAACAUAUUCUUCCUGAUGGAGGGCCAGUGCUCGCAAGCAAAAGUAGGCUUGGCAGCGGGCUUUCCUCUUUGGUGAAACAACUUCUGUCAGGCUAUGAUUUUUGGCUGCUCGGUGGCGGCGAGUUCGCUGCCUGCGCUGCGCUCGCAAAGGCACCGAACGGAUAUUUCUUCUUGAAACACUGCGCAGCAGCCAGCUUGCUGCAAGCACAAUCGCCAGGGUACAGCCUGGCAGUGCUAGACUCUGAUGUGGUUGCAGCUGCCCUGGAUCGAAGCCUGGACCGGUGGAUGCGCAGCAGCGGAGACCUUCAGUUCUAUGAGCGUAUCACAGGAGAGGAAGUCAUGGCUGGCAACUACAUCGCCAAGAACAAGCCCUGGGUUCGAGCUUUCCUUCAUCGCUGGGCAUCCAUGAAGGACCGCCAGCCACCUGGCUUUAGCUCGGCAGACAAUGGCGCCCUACACGUGGUCCUAGUGGAGACCCUGGAGCUUUCCGGAGCCCCGAAGGUUCGGGAACUCUACGGAGACCUCCAAGCCAAGGUCGACAACCUCCAGCCGUACUGGAGCUUUGUAGAGGAGUCGAUGCGUGUCCUCGGCCCGCCGAGGAUGUGGCGCAUGGAUCAAACUAGCCUUGGCCGUGAACAUGGCUGCUCCGCACAGGCUGGCCUCCAACCAUCUCCAACCCGUGUUCCCACUGUAAAGGGGAACUGGACGGAGGGAGUUGUGGAGGGUCCUUUAAAAUUCUUUCGGAUCGUUCUGAAAAAGCACAAGCCUUGGCAUAGAUUCUUGGACUUGCUUGAUGGAAUCUGUGCGUCAUGCGACACUCAAGAUGUGUCUCCCAAUGCUGAGGUGCCCUGUUUGCUGGCCAUCUGGCCUCGGAUGAGCUUCUUCGGCAUGCAGGGUCGCACGUGA